GACAACGAGGAAAUUCAAGUCCAAAACCAAACACAUCGCGUCCAGGCAUUUUGCAACCGUUGAGAUGACAAAGUUCACCAAACCCAUCGUAACGUUUCUUCAGCUGUUCGACAUCCAGUUUCAGCCAGAGUAAAGGUGAAGCGAAGUUCUGUCAAAAGUGACAAAUACACUCAUCUGAUUGGACAGAAUCGUACACUGAAAUGCAAACCUGUUCAUAACUCAGUACUGCAUUUGGGUCCUGCCUGCUUCCUGCCAUGUUGAUGCCCCCACGUGGCAGGGUAUAUAUCCUGCAAACUCGUGCCCUGACGUCAUCCCUCAAACACUCAGCUGAUCCAUUCUCCACAUGUCCUCCUGUGAAUGGAGGAGGAGGAGGAGGUCUGGUCACCAUACCCUGACUGACUCCCUCCACUCACCCAGCUCACUCACUCACUCACACAUAUCACACAGCACAGAAGCACAGACUGCUGCUGCACCGACCCACAACCAUGGCUCUACGGGACUCUGCCUGUCUGCUCCUGGGACUCCUGCUCCUCUGUCACACCUGGGGAGCCUGGGCCAUUGUGGAGGUGAACAUGGAGGACAGGGUGGAGGUGAUGAGGGGAGAAAACACUCAGAUCACCUGCAUGUUCACAUCAGACGACGGCAUCGGAGGAAUGAUCAUAACGUGGUACUACGUGACACGGUCAGGGGAAAAGCAGGAGAUCUACCAGCAGGACUCCACCAUGAGAGUGGUGAAAAAAGGCACUCAGUUCACAGAACGGAUCAGUGUGAACGGAACCCUAGCCAACGGACAGGUGGUCCUGACCAUCAGUGAUGUGGACAUUUCUGACGAAGUGGAAUUCAUCUGUCUGAUCAGAAGCCUGACCUAUGGCACUGCAGAGGGACGCACGAAACUCAGGGUCUUUGAAAUGCCGGACCUUCCCACUAUCGACGUUGUGCAGAAAGGAAUUUCUGUCUCUGAAGACACUCCAAAGAUUGGAGUCUGUGAAGUCAAAAAUGGUUACCCAAAGCCAAACAUCACCUGGUACAGAAACACCACGCCGCUGCGGAGCUCUGACAGAGUGAAGCCUCAACCCAGUAUUACCACAGAGUCCACUGGUCUGUUCUCAAUCAAAAAUGAGCUGAGUAUGACCCUAACCAAGGAGGACAAAGACGCCACGUUCUACUGUGAAGUCACAUACUUUGUUCCUGGGGGAAUGAGGAUGACGGAGACCAACGCUGUUAACCUCACUGUGCUCUACCCUUCCACUUCCGUGAGUUUGUGGGUGGAGUCACCAAAAGGCAUGAUCAAAGAAGGGGACACAGUGGAGCUUCGGUGCCAAGGCGAUGGGAAUAGUGCCGUCUCCUUCACAAUCUUGCACGAUCCCACUGGUCUCCAGGUAGAUACCAAUUCUUUAGUGCUUCAUAAUGUGACCGAGAAAAACAGUGGAGAUUACAGAUGCGUCUCUCUGGACAUGGAGACCUUUGAGGAGAUCUCAGGAAAUACAACACUGUUUGUCAACUUCCUGAAGCAGGCUGUGGUAUAUCCUAAGAAUGACGUGGAGAUGGAACUAGACGAUUUUCUAACCGCCAUCUGCAGAGCUCCCUCCUCUCUUCCCACACAAACAGUCUGGUUAAAGGAUGGCGAGCAGAUUUCCACCGGUCACAUUUUGUCCCUGACGAACGUCACCUUCGACUCAGCAGGGACGUACAUCUGUGUGGUGACAGUUCUGGAGAUUGAAGGGAUGGAAACUACUGGAGAACUUGUGGUCCUGGUCUUAGGCGCACCAGAAGUCAUCGUGCCAGAAAACGUUGAACUAGAGGCGACUUAUGACACGAUGGUUGACCUGACCUGUCUCGUCAAAGGAUAUCCUCUUCCUACCAUCACCUGGGUGACCUCUGAUGGAGAGGUCUUGAAGGAAACGGUGACCUCCAACAUCACUGCUUAUUGCAUCGCCUCCAACUCCUAUGGCAAUGAUUCUCAGUCUUUCAGCAUCAAAGGCACUUCACACACCACACAGAUCCCCACCAUUUCUAGUACUUCUAGUACUAGUAUUUCCUCAUCCACAGCUUCACACACCACACAGAGCCCCACCACUUCUAGUACUAGGACUAGUAUUUCCUCAUCCACAGUCAAGGCAAAAACAGCUAUUCCACCAAAGAAAAUCAAGAAAGAGGGCAGCGGUGUUAUCAUUGCGGUCAUCAUUAUCUGCAUCCUGCUGCUGGCCAUCCUGGGCAGUGUGCUGUAUUUUAUGUACAAGAAGGGAAAGAUAUGCGGCCGAUCUGGAAAACAGGACCUAACUAAGGAAAAGUCCAGCAAAGACAACAUCGUGGUGGAGAUGAAAAGUGAUAACACGGAGGAGGCCAUUCUGCUGGGGGUGAACGGAGACAAACCGCCCCCCAACGAGCAGUGAGGUCCUUGUUAGUACCUGGAUGUGCAGAAGUGAGGAGGUGUCUCCAGAAACACCGCCUGCUGCUCCCGUUCCUGCCUCUCAGGCUCAAACCUGCCGAUGCCUCCACGCUUCCACCAGAGCCACGUCACUGAAAUUAGCACAGCAACGUGUCACCUGAUCUAAUCCAAUUGAACAACUGAAACUGCAGGUAUUCCCAGUUUUCCACAAGCAUCUGCUCAUCGUUUUCUGCUUCACUUCUCUCAAGCUUCCACCACACAACCCUGCUAGCGAACCAAAGAGCGAGCGUUAACUGUGGCUCUGACCUGUCGGAGCCUCUUUUCACUGCUGAUCAUGUGUAGAACAAACUUCACAACUCAAUGUUGACCAGGGACUUUUUUGUUUUUUUUUUAAUAUCUGGCUGAGCGUCCACUCAGGCUAGGGCUACCACUGAUGAGCAUCAUCAAACUGCUCCAUAUGGAAGUGUACAUAUUAUAAUCUGUGUAUAUAUUUCUUUAUUUAAAAUAACAGAAAAAAAACAGAAAAAUAAUCAAAAUAAAUAAAUGAUCAGCAAGCGGCAAUUUUUUGGGGGCAGAUUUUAGCUAGUUUAAUUUUCUUUGUCUUUUUAUAUGAAGUCUCCACACUGAAGUUGAAGCCAGUUCCUGCUUUUACCAAACUACCCUGCCUUUCUCGUCUUUAGCGUUUUUUUUGUUUGUCUGUUUUUAGGUUAUUUAAUCCAUUUUCCUUUCCUAUUUGUUUCACCCAACACUGUCUGCGUUUGUGUUUAUUCCUGACAAACAUAGUACAUAGUACCAGUGAAGUGAAACAUUUCUUCUAGAUUUGAAUAUUAGGGCUGUCAAAUUGUGUCAAAGUGUUAACUAUCAGAGUGUUAAUUGAUUUGUGAUGAUUCGACAGAUUCAAAGUUCUAAAUAAUGUUGUACUCACGAGCAAAAUGGCACAUGCUGUAUAGCCAAUAAUGUCACAGCCCACUCAUUCAUAAAUGCAUGAUGUCAUUUGUACAGCUUAUGGGAAGGUGUUUGUUUUACUGACGCACCUAGAGGUUAGAAUACCAUCUCAGCUCCGUCAAGAUGGACAGUAAUGACUGAAACCCAACUCUAUCAAGCUUAUAAAGUUUUGAUUUUUUUAAUGUAAAUUUUCCUUGACAUAGACAUCAAUUUGAUUAGUGGCUUAUUUUGGUUUAUUAUUAGUUAAUCCUAAUCCUUUACGAUUCAUCACAGUUAAUUAGGAUCACGAUGUGUUAUGUAUCGGACUGAAAUCUUUAGCCAUAUGACAGCCCUAGUUUAGAUGUAGAUUUCUGCUUUAAUUGUGUUUUUCUUUUCUUUUUUUCUCACAGUCUAGUUUUGAUAUUCUAUGAGUGUUUUUCAGCUUGACCUACAGUCAGUUGAAAUGACAGUUGCAGAUGACUUAUAAAAUGACAUCUUCCUUUAAAUCACCACCUUUAGUUCAAGUAUUUUAACUGUAAAGUGCACUGACUUUUCAUUCUUCUUAUCCAACAGGCAAACAAUGUUUUCUUUCUUUAAUUUGAAACAGUGGGUCAGGUUUAAUGUGACUGUCUGUGAAUGAGGAGUUUUAAAUGUAGACAUUUUCCUUGAAGUAGUUUAUUUUUAAGAGAACGACGGGAGAACAGAUGUCAGUUGAAAAUACAUUGUUUUCAUGACAUGAAUGAAGCUCCUGACGACUUAAUGACAACACUACACUGUGUACUGAACUGAUGACCAACACCUCUGGUGCCACCGACCAGUUUCAUUCAAGAAGGUAUUUGUUACAGGUAUUUGUUGUCGAAAUACGUUUAGAUAAAUACAGUAUAUGUCAUGCUUUUUAGACAAAAUCCUUUAUGACUACUGAGAGGUGAGAAAUGACUGACUCCGACUAUUCCAAUCAGGUUUGAUUUAAAAAGAAAUAAACAAACAAAUGAAGCUGAUUUCAUCCUCCUUGUUCUCCGUCGAUCUGUGUUUCUGUUGUUUUUAAGAACUGUCCCUAUCCAAUUGGAUUUGUCAGUUUUUUUUAGUGCCUUGAAAUUUUAUUCACGACAAUGGUGGAAAAAAAACAAACCACUUUUGCAAAAAAAAAGAAGCCAUUAUUUGUAGUUUUUUUUAAGAAGUGCAACAAAUAAAGAUUGUCUGUAACUCAAA